UUAGGUGAGGUUCUCUGGGAAACAGAGUGUGAGACAGGAAUCUGCCUGCAGGAAGUUUAUUGAGGAUCCACACUUGCAAGGGAGUAAGACAAGCAGAAUGGGGCAAAGAGGGGAAUUAAACUGUGAUGCAGUUAUAAUGGAGGCCUCAGCCUACCCUGCUAGGACCUGUGACACUGGGGUGGCCCUUCCAAGGCAUUCCACGUCCAGGCAAGGGUACCCAGCCUUUGUGCCCUAACAUUGACCAAGAGACUCAGCUAUGAGACCUCAGCAGCCUAUACUCCUGGCAGCUAGGGGAAUGAGUUCCUUUGUCCUGAAGAGUGGAUUUGAGUGUGCACCAGACUCCACUGCAUUAUUACUACUAUUUAGUCCCUUCCAUGGGCCCCCUUAACUCUCGAGAUAAAAACAGCUUUCAUAGCUCUUCCACCCAUCUCCUGCCAUCCCCCACCGCACACCUUCUUCACAACCGGCUGUGGUCUCUCCUCUGCAGAGGCAUACACCCUCCUCUCAGAGGCCCUUCAACAGUUUUCAUUUUGUGAUAUUGUUGUCUGCAUCCAUAUUUGCACACCCCACUCUCCACUCCAGGCUGGGGCCAUAGAGUUUAUGUCUGUGUCCUGAGCACUAAGAGGUCCUAGGUGGGCUGGUCAAGACUUGAGAAUCACAGGGUGUACACUCCCCUCCCCCCAAGGAAGUGGCGCCCAGCCCUCCCCACCCCAUCCCACAGUACAAAUGUUCUUUCCUGUUGGGAAUAAAGCGCCAAAGACUCAGCUUCCUUCCUUUCUGCAUGUGGCCUUGGGGAGGGAGGGGCCUUGGAGAGAGGAGAGGGCUCCUGGGCAGGGAGGUGGGACAGAGGCUUCCUUGGGGAGAAGAAUUCUGCUGCCACCCAGGCCUCGUGAGCCAGUGGAGGGAGUGUCCAACUCUGCUAUGAGGUCUGGGGGAGCUGGCCAUCCUCAAGGCCAAGGCUGUUUGCGGAGGAGAGAAAACUAGUCAAGCCUGCUCCAGGGCCUGCCAUGGACUCAGCAGCCAAGGACGAAAUGCAGCCGGCACUUCUCCCUGGCCCUGCCCAACUGACGUGGCUGCCCAGGCUCUUCCUGCCCAGGGCCUGAGUGGCCGGAGCAGGAGAGGGCGGAACGGCUGGCCCGAGGUGCAGCACUCAAGUGGGCCUCAGGCAUCUUCUACCGGCCGGAGCAGCUGGCCAGGCUGAGCCAAUAUCGCAGCCGUGAGGUGCAGCGUACCUGCUCCCUGGAAGCACGCAUCAAGUCGGUGGUGCAGUCAUACCUGGAGGGCGUGAAGACUGGUAUGUGGCAGCUGGCUCGAGCCCUUGAGGCUGUGCACGGGGCCCGUGUGGCCCUGGGCCAGGCCCGCGGGUUGCUCCGGGGCAUGGCAGAGGCUGCGCAGACCCUAGAGCCCCUGAGGGAGCGGGUUGCCCAGCACAAGCAACUUCAGGCUCUGUCUCAGCUGCUGCCCCGGCUGCGGGCAGUGCCAGCUGCAGUGGCCCACACACAGACCCUGAUCGGCGCCCAGCAGCUCUUGGAGGCAUAUGUGAGCCUUCGGGAGCUGGAGCAGCUGCGAGAGGAGACUUGGGAAGCUUUGGGGGGCCUGGAGUUGCCAAUCUUUGAGAGGCUGGGCCCUCUAGCUGAGGCAUUGGGCCAGGCUGUGGAGGCAGCUGCAGGGGCUGCAGGGAAGCUGGCACGGGAGGACCCAGCCCUGCUAGUGGCUGCUGUUCGUGUGGCAGAGGUCGAUGCUGGGUGCACAACCUCCCUGGAACAGGCUCCCCGGGACUGGCGGCAGCGCUGUCUACGGGCACUACAGGAGGGCCUGGAGCAGAUCCACUUUGGGACUCCUCUGCUGCCUGGGCCAGGGGCCCUAGAAGGGUGGCUGGAGGCUCUGCGGGUGGCUCUACCAGCCGAGUUGGCCACAGCUGAGGCACUAAUAGCACCCUGCUGCCCGCCACACUACAAGGUGGUCCAGCUGUGGGCCCACACCCUGCACAGUGGCCUGCGCCACUGCCUGCAGCAACUCCUGGAAGAGCCUGAGCUUGGAGCUGCUGACGCCUUCACCUUGCUGCAUUGGGCACUGCAUGUGUACCUGGGGCCAGAAAUGAUGGGGAGCCUGGAGUUGGGGCCUGAGGCUGACGUGUCUCAGCUGGAGCCCCUGCUGACCCUGGAGAACAUAGAGCAUCUUGAGACAACAUUUGUGGCCAAAGUCCAGGCAAGUGUGGCCCAGUGGCUGCAGAAGGCACUGGAUGGGGAGGUAGCUGAGUGGAGCCGAGAGCAAGAGCCUGACACAGAUACAUCUGGCUUCUACCACUCACCAAUGCCGGCCAUUGUGCUGCAGAUCCUGGAAGAGAACAUUCGUGUGGCGAGCCGGGUCAGUGAAUCACUGCAGCAGCGGGUGCACGGCAUGGCAUUGUCAGAACUGGGCGCAUUCCUGAGGAGCUUCAGUGACGCUCUGAUCCGAUUCUCCCGAGACCACCUCAGGGGGGAAGCAAUGGCCCCUCACUACGUGCCCUAUCUACUGGCUUCCCUCAACCACCAAUCAGCACUCAGCUCCUCCGUGUCCGUCCUGCAGCCCGACGGGGUGGCUUCAGGGGCUAUGGCUCCAGUGGAAGCAGCGCUGGACGAGUUGCAGAGGAGGAUCUGCCGCCUCGUGUUGGAGGCUCUCCUGGUGGAGCUCCAGCCCCUGUUCGAGGCUCUGCCCUCGCGCCAGUGGCUGUCGAGCUCGGAGGUUCUGGACGAUGUGUGCCAGCGGACGGCGCGCUUCUGCCAGGACUUCUGGCGCGUGCGGAAUCCCGCGGUCCAGCUGCUACUGGCCGAGGCGGAGCGUACCGUAGUGCUGCAGUACUUACGCGCGCUGAUGCAGGGUCGCCUAGUGUGCCGCGGUGCCGACGAGCGGACCCAGGCGGCCGAGCGCCUGCGGCACGAUGCCGCCCAGCUUCGGGAGCUUUUCCUUGGUUUGGGCCUGGAGGAAAGUGUUCAGUGCGCGCCGGUGCUGCUCGCCCUGCGGGAGCUGCUAAACCUCCGCGACCCCACGCUGCUUGGCCUCGAGGUGGCGGGCCUGCGGCAACAAUUUCCCGACGUGAGCGAGGAUCACGUCUCUGCCCUCUUGGACAUGCGGGGAGACGUGUCCCGAGAGCAGCGCCUGGCCGCACUGAGCUCCCUGCAGGCUGGCCCACAGCCCUCGCCCGCCGUGGGACGCCGAGCACUCUUCAGCCUCGUGCCAGCACCUACGCCCGCGCCGUCUUCCUGCCUCCCCUCGGGGCCCUGUGCCUGACGCCCGGCUGUCCGCAGAAUAAAGUCUUGGCUCCUUUAAGCCUGAACUGUGCGUGUUGAGGAAGGAGAGAUGAAAUAAAAGUGCCCGUUAAGUGUAGGGGGUCUACGCGCAGUGACGCGCCUAAGGUAUGCCGGCUCCAAUCCUGGAGCGCGGGCUGCUCCCCACCUAUUCCGGCAUCACCCUUGUAUGCGGGCUGCGUUCCCAAGUAGCCGGGCUUCCGCCGCCUUACGCGCCGGGGCAGUGAGCUUCUGUCUCCUCGUCCCUGACUCCAACGACCGAGGAGCCCCGAAGCCCCGGAAGCCUACUGACCCUCAUGGAGGAGGCGGGCUUAAGACGACGCCCAGCCCAGGGGCGUGACCUGGUGGCGCACACCGCCUCCUCUGCUCUGCCUGGCCCCACCUCAGCUGUGUUCUCGGGCGCGCGCCACCGCGGAGAUUGACGCGAAUCCGCGCUCCUCCGUGCGAGCGUGCGCGCGCCCGAGUGCGUGCGUCACCAGCGUCCGCUCCCCCGGGCUGGGCGGCCGGCGACCGGUGUUGAGGAGCGGGAACGGCGGUGGCAAGAAGAGGAGCGAACAGACAGAGAAAUAACAGCAUGUGCUUAUGCUGAUGGAAAGAAUCCAGUAGAGAGGAAGAGACUGAUGAUGUGGGAGAUGUAGGAGAGAGGAGAAAUGCUGGAAUUGUGUCCCUGAGCAGGCAAGGGAGUUAGGA